AUCUUGUGCAUUGCUUUUGUGCAUAUUUGACUUUCUGCAUCAGUGCUUCCAGAAUUCAAUGAAAUAUCCGUUCUAGGGCAUAUGGAUUUCCUUCUCUUUAUUGAGAUGUUUUGGUUGUUGACUUUAGACUUGGACAAGCAUUUUCAAGAAUCUAUUGAUUUUCAAGUGUUUGUUUUUCACUUGGUGCUUAUGGGGAAUUGCUCCAACCUCUUGGUUAUCUUUUUGUGACAUCUAGCUAUUUAAAAAGAUGUAGUUAAUUUCAGAACUAAUUAAAAAAUAUACGGACAAAAAACCGGAAAGCCAAAGCAAACUAACCAACCCCCUUGAAAAAAAAAAUGGUAUAGUCUAAAAGACAAGUGGGCAAGUCUAGGCCUGCUUUUUUAGUUAAUGAAUAGUCAUGAGGCCAAAAAGUGGGAGGGCCAAAGAUUUGUUGUUGGCUGCAUCUAGAAGCUGACAGGGCAAGGAGAACUGGCGGAAAAUCAGAAAAAGCAACUGGCAGUGCGUUACCUUUCCUUGAGUUGUUGUGUCAAGUUAGUUUCAUUCAGAGCAUCUGAAGUGAAGAGGUGAGACGGGAAGAACUGAGAAUUGCAGAACUCACCUGUGUAUUCUGUGAGGUCACAUGACCAGACCAGUGGGAGAAUCUCCCCUGUCUUUUGCCUGCCUAGCGGGAACGUUACAAUGCUGUGUAUCGGUGACCUGCCUCAUUACUACAGCACGUCUCAGUACAGCCUACUGAGCAGCAGUAUGGAACAAGGUUUGGGGAACAGACCAGCGUCUACCAGUCCCUACAGCUCCGAGACCACCUCCAACGUGCCAACGCCGUCACCCUACUCCCAGCCAAACUCGACCUUUGAGGCCAUGUCUCCAGCUCCGGCCAUCCCCUCCAACACCGACUACCCUGGGCCGCACAACUUCGAGGUCACCUUCCAGCAGUCUAGCACCGCCAAGUCAGCCACAUGGACGUACUCUCCAUUGCUCAAGAAACUGUACUGUCAGAUCGCCAAGACCUGUCCGAUUCAGAUCAAACUGGCUUCCUCGCCCCCAAACGGCAGCGUGAUACGAGCCAUGCCCAUCUACAAGAAGGCUGAACACGUCACAGAGGUGGUCAAACGGUGUCCUAACCAUGAACUCGGACGGGACUUCAAUGAAAGUCAGACGGCUCCUGCCAGUCACUUGAUACGGGUGGAGGGCAAUAAUUUGAGUCAGUAUGUGGACGAUCCUGUGACAGGCCGACAGAGUGUACUAGUUCCAUAUGAGUCUCCACAGGUGGGAACUGAGUUCACAACGAUUCUGUAUAAUUUCAUGUGCAACAGCAGUUGUGUUGGUGGAAUGAACCGCAGGCCUAUUCUCAUCAUCAUCACGCUGGAGACACGAGACGGACAGGUUCUCGGUAGGCGUUCGUUCGAGGGCCGGAUUUGUGCAUGUCCGGGUCGAGACCGCAAAGCGGACGAGGAUCAUUUCAGGGAGCAACAGGCGCUAAAUGAGAGCGUGGCCAAAAAUGGAAAUGCCAAUAAACGAAAUUCUGUUUAUGAACUUACAGAUUUCAAACAGACUCCAGCCAAUAUUACAGGCCCUUCCAUCAACAUCAAGAAGAGGCGACAUGGAGAAGAAGAGAUGUAUUACAUACCAGUGCGUGGUCGGGAAAAUUUUGACAUCCUGAUGAAGAUAAAGGACAGUCUGGAACUUGUGGAGUUUGUACCACAGCAGUUAGUGGACUCAUACAGACAACAACAGCAGCAGCUCCUACAGAGACAGAGUCAUGUUGCCUCUCCGUCUCCAUAUGGCACGCUCAAUAACAUGAAUAAGAUUCACGGGCCCAUUAGCAAGCUUCCCUCAGUGAAUCAGCUGGUGACACAACAGACUCAGCAGAGUGCAGGACCCUCUGCAUCCAUGUCACAUAUGGGUACAAACAUGCUGGGUGGACACCACAUGCAGUCUAACGGCGAUGUGAAUGGAGCUCACCCGUCACAGUCUAUAGUGUCCACCUCUCACUGUACCCCUCCCCCACCUUACAACCCUGACCCCAGCCUCGUCAGUUUCUUAACCAGCCUGGGCUGCCAAAACUGUAUCGACUACUUCACGUCACAGGGACUCCAGAGUGUCUACCAUCUUCAGACUCUUUCUAUGGAGGAUCUUGGGGCCCUGAAGAUUCCUGAGCAGUUCCGGCUGGCGAUCUGGAGGGGCCUGCAGGACAUGAAGCAGGGCCACGAUUACGGACAGCAGCUCAUUCGCUCCAGCAGUAACAUGGCCACGAUGGCCAUCGGCCCCGGAGGAGAGCUGCAGCGCCAGCGCGUCAUGGAGGCCGUGCACUUCCGAGUGCGUCACACCAUCACCAUCCCAAACCGCGGCCCAUCCACGGGAGGAGAGGAAUGGGCUGACUUUGGCUUUGACAUGCCCGACUGCAGGAUACACAAGCACUCCAUCAAGGAGGAGUUCGCAGAAAGCGACGUUCGCUGAGAAGGACCGCUCAUCCAUUGUUUUCUAUAUUGUCCGUAUUGGGUUCUUAAAACUGCAAUGGAUGGUUUUUAUUUUCCAUAUAGCAGCACUUCCAUAUUUGACAACAAAUGAUUUGAGGAGUAGAAAUCUUUGUGCAAACAAUUCCCUUUUUAUGAGCUCCAGGGUUCAAACCAGUCAUUUUAUUUGAUUGUCAUUUGUGGCCUUAUGCUAAUAUUACAUCACACACAAAAAAAAAGAAUCGUUAACUAAAAAGAAUGAAAUUAUUAGGACAUAGUCAUGAAUGGUUAGAAGCAGAAUAACUUGCAAUUCUGACUUUAUAACUCACAAUUUUCAGUUUAUAUCACACAAUUCUGACUUUAUAACUCAAUAUUGAGAGUUUAAAUCUCAAAAUUGUGAGAAAAAAGUCAGAAUUGUGAGAUAAAAAGUUGCAGUUACCAUUUUUUAUUUAGUGGCGGAAACAAGCUUCCAUACAUUAUUUAUUUUUGGCUUGGUGUAAAUAAUAAGUGUGCAAUCGUGUAUGAUAUUGAAAAACAGUGUGUGAAGUAAUGCCCAUAGAUAAAGUGGAUGCUUUGACCCACAAAAUCAUACUUUAUAUUUACUUAUUUUGAUAAACGCAGGUUUAUCAAAGCCAUAUGUGUAUGGCUAGAUCAAAAGGCGUUGUGUAUUUGAAUUAUUCUCUUAUUAAAAUAUGUCAUUACCAUACCUAUUAUUUGUACGUAUGUCAUCAAAGUUUCACAAUGACAGUGAAGACAGCACCAUAAAUGUACAUGUGAAUUUAUAGGUAACUGAAAGAAAAACAUCUUUUUUUAACAAGACAUCUUUUACUGCUUUUGAAAUGGUACUUUAUUUUUAUUUUUUUAUGUAUUUGUUAAGUAUUAUGUUGACAGAGAGACACUGGAUCGUUAUAAGGGUUUUUCAAUGCCUUUACAAUCAGACUUUUAGAGUUCACUUGUUUGUGGUAUUAUCCUUGCAGGACAAGGUUUUAUUUAUCAUGCUGUACUGUUGUAAUAUCUAUUUUUCCUUUAGCAGAUGGUCUUGUUAUGUUACUGUUUUAAUUGUGUCUAAUUUUAUGAUGUUUUUAAUAGUUAAAUGAUGGCUCAUCCAAGGUAUUAAGGUGAAUCUUACAAAAAAAAAAAAUUCCAGGUCACAUUUCAUCCCAGAAAGAUAAGAAAAAAAAUAUACUUAAUAAAUAAAAAUUUUGAUAUUAGGGUCAUUAUAAUGUUUGCCAUUAAUUUCAUGACAAAAUUCUCAUUGUAGUAAUGCAUUUUAUAAAUCAACAUAAAGAACAGCAAAUGCUGCCAUGAUGUAUAAAUACUGUAGACAUAUAAACAAAUAAAAAAUUAUAAUACAUAUAAAUAUUUUGUGCAUUAUGCCAAUAAUAUUUUUUGGGAUAAAAAUGGUAAUUGCCUUAAAAAUUCUAAAAUUGGUCUUAUUUUGUGGCUGAAAUAUGACCUGGCAUCAUUUUUGCAAAGACAAAAUAAUUAAAUCUGGUAUAUGAACUCUUUAAGACCCAGACUUUACUCUAAUAUCACUUACUACAACUAGUACUAAGAAGACAAAGUUUGAAAUACUUUUGUUCAGCCGACCCAAACAAUUAUGAUAUGAUCCCAUCAAACUCCUACUGUCUUGUGUAGGUGAAAACUAAAAUGGAAAAGCAGAAAAGUGUUUCAGGCAGAGCUGUCAUCAGAGGAGAACACUGCCCUCUGUGGUUUAUAAGGAAUGUAUUUAUAUUUCUUACUCCUGUACAGUCUGUGUAUAAAACUGAACUAAGAGCUGUCUUGAACAUUAAAAAUUUGGUGGAUUGUAUGUAGUCAAAGGUACAUUUGUAACCUUUAUUCAACAUGCAAAUGCAUUUGUAAAUAACUAGUGUUAACCAUAUUAUUCAUGUGAUGAUAACAGCAGCACAUCUUAAAUUGGACGCCGCUAAAGGGUCUCAGGAGGAAAAAAUGAGUUUUUAAAUUGGCCGUGAUGGUGAAAUGCCAUCAUAUAGAUCCAAGCACUUUAUGGCUUUAGGAUAUUGUAAACAAUGUUAUAUUUACAGUAAAUAUCAGUCAGUAUUAUGUCAUGCUGUGUCAUUUUGACAACUACAGAUUUUAGAAAUGUUUUUAAGAGUUAUUAUCUUGUGUUUUCAUUAAUUAAAGAGUUGUAAUGCUGUUUCUUUUUUAUAUCACCAUGUUUGAAUUAUGUAAAGUGAUUUCUUUUUCAAUAAAUACUAAAGUGUGCAAAAA